UUCAGUUACAUUAACUUUAAUGAAAUUGUUCUUGUUUGAUGUUCUGCAUACCUUUUUCUUUGGGGAUGGGGAAUGAUUAACGUUAUUUAUCACCCUCUCUCACUCAGGACCCUUUAAAUGCUUAAUCAUAGAAUCAAAGAAUCAUAGAAUGGCCUGGGUUGAAAAGGGCCACAAUGAUCACCGAGUUUCAACCCUCCUGCUAUGUGCAGGGUUGCCAGUCACCAGACCAGGCUGCCCAGAGCCAUCCAGCCUGGCCUUGAAUGCCUCCAAUGCCUCUUUAUUGGGAAGGUGAUAGAUUGUAGUAACUUUUUCACCAAGAAAUAGUACUAAAAGAUUUUUUUGCAGGAGGGGAAGGAAGAGUAAGUCUGAUUUUUAUACUGUGGAGCAGUAGCAAUUCUAUCACUGCUUACAAGUAACAAGGCUUGCGAUAUAAUUAGUUUCAGGUAUUUACAUCAGGUCUUAAUCAAAAGUUCAGAAAUACUCAAAAAUCAUAAACUAUUUUGUAGGGGUGAAGUACAGAAUAUGCUGGAAAGAUUUGGAGCUGACAUUAACAAAGCUCUCUUAGCCAAGAGGAAAAGAUUAGAAAUGUAUACAAAAGCCUCACUCAAAACCAGUAACCAGAAGAUUGAACAUGUUUGGAAGACACAGCAGGAGCAGAGGCAGAAGCUCAAUCAUGAGUUCUCCCAGCAGUUCCUGACUGUAUUUCAGCAGUGGGAUGCAGAUGUGCAGAAAGCAGAGGAACAGGAAGAAAAACUAGCGAAUAUGUUUCGUCAGCAACAAAAAGUUUUUCAACAGGCAAGAAUAGUUCAAAGUCAGAGACUGAAAACUAUUAAGCAACUGUAUGAGCAAUUCUUAAAGAGCAUGGAAGACCUAGAGAAAAACAAUGAAACUCUUCUAGCUGGCGCACAAAAUGAACUUCGCAAAGAAAUGGCUAUGCUACAGAAGAAGAUUAUGAUGGACACUCAACAGCAGGAGAUGGCAACUGUUCGCAAGUCUCUUCAGUCCAUGUUAUUCUGAUGGCUCAAUGGA